AGGAGCCUUUUUCAUUUCCCAGUUAGGUAGCGAGGAUGUCGACGAGGACGCCAACGGCAGCGGCAGAGGAGGAAAGGCCGUCCGAAAUAAUGGAAUCUUCAUCUUCGUCGUCGUCGUCUUCGUCUUCUUCCCGUUCUUUGCUUGAGAGGCUGAGGAGCUCGGGAGGAGGGUCCUCGCCGCUCAUCUUCUUUCUCUGCUUCCACAAGGCGAUUCGAUCCGAACUUGAUUGUCUCCACCGUGCCGCCGUAGAUCUUGCCACUGAUGGCGUUGCGGACGUUGAGGACGUAUCACGGCGCUGCCGCUUCCUUUUCGCCAUGUACCAGCACCACUCCAAUGCGGAGGACGAGGUCAUUUUUCCAGCUCUUGACAGACGUGUGAAGAAUGUAGCACAAACAUAUUGCCUGGAACACAAGGGGGAGCAUGGCCUUUUUGAACAAUUAUUUAGACUGCUGGACUUGAAUGUUCAUAAGGAUGCUAGUGUUAGAAGAGAAAUUGCCUCAUACACUGGUGCUAUACAAGCAUCACUGACGCAGCACAUGUGUAAGGAGGAGCAACAGGUUUUUCCACUGCUUGUCGAGAGUUUCUCACUUAAAGAGCAGGCUGAUUUGGUUUGGCAUUUUUUAUGUAGCAUCCCUGUGAACAUAAUGGCUGAAUUCCUUCCGUGGCUUUGUUCUUCUGUUUCACCAGACGAACAUAAGGAUAUGAUAACAUGUUUAUACAAAGUAGUACCUGAAGACAAGCUUCUUCAGCAGGUCAUAUUUACUUGGAUGAAAGGGAAACAUUUGAAAAAACAGACUACGAGGCAAAAUGGUUUUCUCUUGAGUUGUGUCAAUUAUUCUAAUACCAGGAAGAGAAAAUAUGCAGAAUCAGACUAUAAUCUCAACUCACCCAGAAUUUAUCCAAUAAAUGAAAUAUUAGACUGGCAUAAUGCUAUCAAAAAGGAGGUCGAUGACAUUGCAAAAGAAGCAAGGCAAAUACAGUUAACUCGAGAUUUCACUGAGCUAUCAACCUUCUAUUCAAGGCUUGAAUUUGUUGCUGAUGUAUGUAUUUAUCACAGUAUAGCUGAAGAUCAAAUUUUAUUUCCAGCAGUGGAUAUGCCAGUUUCAUUUGUGGAAGCUCAUGCUGUGGAAAAGGAGCAGUUUAACAAUCUUAGAUUUCUAAUCAAGCAUAUUCAACAAGGUGGAGCUAAUUCAUUAUCCACGGAAUUUUGUUCAAAGCUUUGUUCACAUGCUGAUCAAAUUAUGGACACUAUUCAAAAGCAUUUCAAUGCUGAGGAAGCUGAGGUGCUUCCACUAGCAAGGGUGUCCUUUUCCACAGAAAGGCAACGGGAGAUUGUUUAUCAGAGCAUAUGUGUAAUGCCUCUGAAACUAAUUGAGCGUGUUUUACCCUGGUUAGUUGCAACCCUUUGCGAAGAGGAAGCAAACUCAUUUCUCCAGAACAUGAAAUUGGCAGCAUCAUCAUCUGAGACUGCACUGGUUACUCUUUUUUCUGGUUGGGCAUGCAAGGGCUAUCUUCUCAGUAUAUCCAGAUCUGGAAGAUUUAUAUGUUUGUCAUCAAAGGUAGCAAAGGGUGUCUGUCAGGAAGAGAAGGAUAAGAUAGAGGAAGACAGCAGUCAAACAGUUUGUUCCCUUGCUCCUCCAUCAAGCAAGUUGCCAUCUGUAGAAAGAGAAAAUGACAAGGGUCCUGUUCGCCAAUGUAGUUUCUUAGAGUCUCAUAGAAACAAUAGUGUCCUCAUAUCUUCUGAUUUUUCAGUUGCACAAAAUGAAAUUUGCAAUGGACAAACUUGCUUUGCUCCUGAAUUAGGAGUCGCCAACCCUACUGUAGCUGUAGGUUCCUUCGCUAGAAAAUCUCAGUUUUCCAUGUCUUCCAAUUCUUGUACUCCUUAUAUAAACUUAAGUCUCGUUUCCAGGGAGACAGAGACCAUCUUAUCAGAUGUUCCCCAUCCAUUCAGGCCCAUUGAUAGUAUAUUUAAGUUUCAUAAAGCAAUCCGUAAGGAUUUAGAAUAUCUGGAUACAGAGUCUGAAAAGCUUAUAAAUUGUGAUGACUACAAGGCAUUUCUCUGGAAAUUUAGUGGUAAAUUUUGUUUGUUGUGGGGCCUGUACAAUGCUCACAGUAAUGCUGAAGAUAGGAUUGUUUUUCCAGCUUUAGAGUCAAGAGAAGCUCUUCACAAUGUCAGCCACUCCUAUAUUCUGGACCACAAACAAGAGGAGAAACUAUUUGCUGAGAUAUCUGCAGUUCUUUCAGAGCUUUCACUACUACAUGACAGAAAUACAAAUACCUAUGAGAAAACUGAGAAUAUUGGAAAGCACUACCUUUAUUCUGUCAAUGAUAUUGAUUGGGCGAGGAAGCACAAUGAGCUGGCCACCAAGCUUCGAAGCAUGUGCAGAUCUAUAAGAGUUACUUUGGACCAACAUGUUUAUAUGGAAGAACUUGAACUCUGGCCAUUGUUUGACAAGUACUUUUCUGUGGAAGAGCAGGAAAAAAUAGUUGGGCGCAUAAUUGGGAUGACUGGAGCAGAAAUUCUUCAGUCAAUGUUACCUUGGGUAACUUCUGCUUUGACAGAAGAGGAGCAAGACAUGAUGAUGGAAACAUGGAGGGAAGCAACCAAAAACACUAUGUUCAAUGAGUGGUUAAGUGAAUGGUGGAUUGAGAGGCCUGUAUGUUCUUCACAACCAUCUGGAGAGGCAACCAAUCUUCCAAAAGGAUCCGUACUGCAAGAACAUUGUGACCACAAUGAUCAGAAAUUCAAGCCUGGUUGGAAGGAUAUUUUUCGAAUGAAUCAAAACGAAUUGGAAGCAGAGAUACGAAAGGUUUCUCGAGACCCAACACUUGAUCCAAGAGGAAAGGCAUAUCUUAUUCAGAAUCUAAUGACAAGUCGUUGGUUAGCUGCUCAACAGAAACUGCCAGACUCAUCUGCCACUCAAGAUGGAAAAGAUGAAGAUAUCCCUGGAUGCUCACCAGCAUAUCGCAAUGUAGAGCAAGAGAUAUUUGGUUGCGAGCACUAUAAAAGAAACUGCAAGGUCCUUGCUGUCUGUUGUAAGAAGCUCUUUACAUGCAGGUUCUGCCAUGACAAUGUCAGUGACCACACAAUGGAUAGGAAAGCAGUGACAGAGAUGAUGUGCAUGAACUGUUUGAAAGUCCAACCUGUUGGCCCAACAUGCAAGACACCUACCUGCAAUGAAUUUUCAAUGGCUAAAUACUUCUGCAAAUUUUGUAAAUUUUUUGAUGAUGAACGGACCGUGUAUCACUGCCCCUUUUGCAAUUUAUGUCGUCUUGGACAAGGACUUGGAAUUGAUUUCUUUCACUGCAUGAAAUGCAAUUGUUGUUUGGGUAUGAAGCUAGUGGAACACAACUGUUUGGAGAAAGGUCUGGAAUCAAAUUGCCCCAUAUGUUACGAUUUCAUGUUUACAUCAAGCGCACCUGUUAGAGCGUUACCUUGUGGCCACUUCAUGCAUUCAUCUUGCUUUCAGGCAUAUGCUUGCAGUCACUAUACCUGCCCUAUCUGCAGCAAGUCUUUGGGAGACAUGACGGUCUACUUCGGCAUGCUUGAUGCUUUGUUGGCUGCAGAACGGCUUCCCGAAGAAUACAGAGAUCGUUGCCAGGAAAUUCUAUGCAACGAUUGCGGGAACAAAGGCUCGUCUCGUUUCCAUUGGCUGUACCACAAAUGCAGCCUAUGCGGUUCAUACAAUACGAGGGUAAUAAACACUGAAGCGAGCACAUGUCCCACAUCAAGACAGUGAUGAAUUCUCUUCUUUCACUUCCAUCAUUUUUCAAGAUUAAAUCUUCUUGAGUGAAGAGAACAUAUUUGAGACAUGCACAGAUUCCACAGGGUCAACCGAUUGACAUAAACAAUACCACAAGAAACAGGGGAAGAAGGUGCAAAAGGAAAAACAUGUUGAUUGAUACAAGACAGAAUAGAGGAAAUGUUUGCCCAUAUGAUAUUGAGGAAGAUUUUUUUUCCCACGUCUUGGAUAUUUUUUUUCAUCGUCAAGUAGGUAAAUGUUUCUUGAUAAGCUCUGUUUUCUUUUUUAUUUCUGAAAAAAAAACCCAUUUAAAAGAUGUGUUUAUCACUAUUUAAGCAAACCUGAACUCAUUCUUCAUGCAUAUUAUAUAUGCUAUGGUUUUACACACCUA